AACCGAACCCUCCAACAGAGAACCCUAGCCGCCCUGAACCAUAGCCCCCCUGUCGCCAUCCUUCGUCCCCUGGUGUCGCCAUCCUCAGCCCCAGUAACCCUCCAAUCUCCAUCGUCGCCUUCGCCUGGUUCCUGCCCAGUAGCCCUCCAUCUCCAUCCUCUGCUCAUCUUCUCAACACCAGCACCGCAGCACGCAGUCAACACCGGUAGCCCUCCAUCUCCAUCGCGCGGUCCUCAACAGUCAACACUCAGCACCGGUAGCCCUCCAUUGACCCAGGUUAGGGUGAUUAUUUGUUCUGGAACUGAGUCUGCUGUUUCACUGCCUGAUGGGAAAGAUAAUCUCAAAGCAGUUAAGGAAAGAGACCCUGCUUGCAUAAACCAUGUGCAUUGCUUCUUGAACUUCAAAGGCUUCUUAGCAUGCCAAUCUCAUAGAGUUGCUCAUAAGCUAUGGCUUCAAGGAAGAAAAGUCUUGGCAGUUAUGAUCCAGAACCGAGUUUCCGAGAUUUUUGCGGUUGGUAUUCAUCCCGGUGCUAAGAUUGGAAGCGGGAUUCUGCUUGAUCAUGUAACUGGAUUAGUGGUUGGUGAAACUGCAGUGAUUGGUAACAUUGUGUCAAUUUUGCAUAGUGUGACUUUGGGUGGAACUGGUAAAGCUUCUGGUGAUAGGCAUCCAAAGAUUGGUGAUGGGGUUUUGAUUGGUGCAGGGACUUGUAUUUUGGGGAACAUUAAGGUUGGUGAAUGUGCUAAGAUUGGUGCUGGUUCUGUGGUGAUUAAGUAUGUUCCUCCUAGGACUACUGUUGUUAGUGAUUUUGUUAUAUUUUAUGAUGUUUGUAUAUAAUUUAUUUAUUAUUUUAUUCA